CCCACUGCAGGUUCUUGGGCUGUGCUCUCCUUCUUCGGUGCUUUAAGAGGCACUAAAACUGCCCUGAAGGAAAAAUAAUGUGUGGGCUGUGAACUGUUCCCCUGGAGGGAAGCUGGCCAGAAAAACCACAGAGAAAUCCUUGAGAAGGCACCAUCUUGGCCACUGAAUGAACUGUGUGUUCCUAACAUGGCCACAACAUUAGAACUACAUUAAGUAGACAAAUCUCUUCUAUUUAAUAGAGUACUUGGGACUGGAAAUACAAAGAUCAAAGACAAGAGAUUCAGGACCUCCCAAAGAGAGGUCUCACCUGGCAGCAAGGUGUAGCUGGUCAGCUGACCCAACAGAAAGGACACCUUGCCACCGUUCGAUUUGGAGCAGAGUUGGGUAGCUCAAGCUCUGUCUGAGCAAGGGAACCAUGCCCUAUACCUGCCAGAUCUGCCCCAGUCUUGGAAGAGAAGGGCUUCCCUGGGAACUGGUAGGGGCCCAGCCCGAUUGGGAACCCCACAUCCAACUAGGAUCCGUGUAUCUGUUUGGGGCAGGACACCAUCUCCGUCUUGGGAAAGCUUGACACUGGCCCAAUGAACAUCACCACCACCCAGAUGAAGCUCAGCAAGAUGGUGGGUUCUGGGCUACCCAUUGUGUCCAACCAAAGUCAAUGGAAACCCAACGGCCUAGAGGAGCUCUUGUCCAAUGGGGGGACCACCAACGGCAGUGUUCCAGGAGAGGAGGUCUUCCAACUUCCCACUUUCUCUACUGCAGCCAAAGUCCGUGUUGCCAUAACGGUGGCCCUCUUCUUCUUUUCCGCCUGCUUCAACAUUGCUGUGCUCUGGACUGUCGCCCAGAAGUACCAGCGUAGGCCUCACCUCCGUAUUCUCCUCAUGAACUUGGCAGCUGCCGAUCUCCUGGUGACCUUUGUGGUGAUGCCUUUGGACGCAGCAUGGAACGUCACUGUCCAGUGGUAUGCUGGCGACCUGGCUUGCCGGUUUCUCAUGUUCCUCAAACUUGUGGCCAUGUACGCCUCGGCCUUCGUUACCGUGGUGAUCAGCCUGGACCGCAGGGCAGCCAUCUUGCACCCGCUUAGUGUCAGUGAGGCCAAGAGGAAGAAUAAGGUCAUGUUGUGUGUAGCCUGGGCCUUGAGUUUAGUUCUGGCGUUACCUCAGGUGUUUGUCUUCCACACUGUCAGCCGGUCUCAGCCCACCUACUUCAUCCAAUGUGCCACUGUCGGGAGCUUCCAGGCUCACUGGCAGGAGACCCUUUACAAUAUGUUCACUUUCUCCUGCCUCUUCCUCCUGCCGCUGCUAAUCAUGGUCCUUUGCUACGCCCGCAUCUUCGUGGAGAUCUCGAGAAAGAUGAAGAAAGCUUGCGCUUCACCAAAGUCCAGGGAGAUCCACCUCCGCCGCUCCUACAACAACAUUCCUCGGGUGCGCAUGCGCACCCUCAAGAUGUCUGCCGUCAUCGUCCUGACUUUCGUCGUCUGCUGGACUCCUUACUACCUGCUCGGCCUGUGGUACUGGUUCUCCCCGGAGAUGCUGACCAGGGAGCAGGUGCCCCCUUCCCUCAGCCACAUUCUCUUCCUCUUUGGCCUCUUCAACGCGUGCCUUGACCCCCUGAUCUACGGAUUCUUCGCUAUGCACUUCCGGACGGAGAGCGGGCGGGCCUGCUGCUGCUGCCCUCGGAGGGAAAAGGAGAUGGAGGGAGCUUCCGUGCUCACCGGCUCCUUCCGAGCUUCCACCAUCAGCGGGGGAGCUGCCAGGCAGCUGAGGGAGCCCAAGAAGCACAAGCCGGAAUCGGCGCUGGCGAGGGUCAAAAAGCUGGGGUUGAAGAGGAGGAAGAUGGCGGAGAGCUUCAUUUGAACGUGUAGAUAAAACGUGGUCCAUUACCUCACUUGCUGGGAUUUGCUUUCACUGCUGGGAGUUGGGUGGAAGGCCGGCACUACUGUUUGGCAAGGUGAUGCAGCUGCCUCAUGUGCCAGUUAUUCAGAGGCGGAGGU